UGGUUUACGUAGUCAGUGCGCCGCCAGUUGACAUGGGUCACCAGUCACCAUGGCGCGUUGUGGUCUGAGUUGUCUGCCUGCGCCGCUCGGUGGCUAGUGCUGCCGGUCGGUGUACCGCCUUAUGGCUCAUGCCCGAGAAGAUGUGUCCACUGGUGACCUGCAUCACCAGUUGACAUGCGGCUCGGCGGACCGUGCCACAUGUCAGUGUGCCGCGCAGUGUCAGUGCGGUGCUAGCGUGACCCCGUGACCCGACCGCCAUGGCUCGGCUGGCCUACUGCACGGACGUGGACCGCUCGGUGGUGCUCUCGAACCUGGAGCGACGAGGCUGGGUGCCAGUCGGACCCGAGGAGGAUUGGAACUUCUACUGGGCAUCGACUAACACCACCCGGAGCUUGUUCAGUGUAGACAGCGGUUAUCGAAUGGGAGACCAUCAGAUAAUGAACCACUUUCCCACCCACUACGAGAUCACGCGAAAGGAUUUAAUGGUGAAGAACGUCAAGCGCUACCGCAAGGACCUUGAGAGAGACGGCAAUGUCCUGGGGGAGCGGAACGAACAGGGCCGCUAUGUCCAUCUGGAUUUCAUCCCCGUGACUUUUAUGCUCCCCGCGGAUUACAACCUGUUCGUGGAGGAGUUCAGGAAGAACCCGAACAGUACGUGGAUCCUGAAGCCGGCGGGCAAGAGCCAAGGAAUCGGCAUCUUCCUCGUCAACAAGCUGUCGCAGAUUAAAAAGUGGUCACGCGACUCGAAGACGCCGUUUAACCCGGCCCUGGUCAAGGAUACGUACGUGAUCUCCAGGUACAUCGAUAACCCGCUUUUGAUUGGGGGUAAGAAGUUUGAUCUCAGAAUAUACGUCCUCGUGACAUCGUUUCGACCACUGAAGGUCUAUCUGUUCAAAAUGGGCUUUUGUCGCUUCUGCACCAUCAAGUAUGACUUGAACACGCAAGAACUGGACAACAUGUUUGUUCACCUCACCAACGUUUCCGUACAAAAGCGAGGGGGCGAGUACAACAACAUCCACGGCGGCAAGUGGUCGAUGGAAAACCUCCGGCUCUUCCUGGAGGGCACCCGCGGGCGCCAGGUCACCGACAAGCUCUUCAACGACAUCACCUGGCUGCUGGUGCACUCGCUGAAGGCCAUCACACCGGUGAUGGUCAGCGAUCGGCACUGCUUCGAGUGCUACGGCUACGACAUCAUCAUUGACCAGAACCUGAAGCCGUGGCUUAUUGAGGUAAAUGCCUCCCCAUCCCUGUCAUCGACAACUGCAAACGACAGGAUAAUGAAGCAAAAGCUCAUCGACAACAUCAUCAAAGUCGUUCUUCCACCGGAUGGAAUUCCAGAUGUCCACUGGAACAAGGUGCCCCCGGCCGAGCAUCUGACGGACUUUGAGCUGCUGCUGGACGAAGAAUUGGCCAGCCACCUGGAGGCUGGCAGUGGGCGCGGCCAAGCGUCCAACCUCCCCAGGUGGCGCUAGUGGCGGCGGUCACACUUCCCAUCGAGUCCAGGUGGCGCUCCAGUCGAUGCGAGGAGAACUGGGACGGAGACCGAAGGCGUCUCUGUCCAAGAGAUGUCUCCCACCACAGCGUCACCAGAGAUGUGAAGUGGCGCUCCAGAGACCGGCAGCGAACGGGUCAGCGGAAGCCGUCAGGCUCCUACAAGAGCGUUUGGAGCGUGACGCGGGACGGUUGUGACUGUAAUACCCAAAACAUCGGCGACAGGGGAGCCUACCGUCACGGCGUUUAAAGGAUCGUCGUGCAUGACGCAUUGACCGCCGUGUGUGACGCACUGACCGCCGCGCAUGACGCAUUGACCGCCGUGCAUGACGCAUUGACCACCGUGUUUAACACAUUGGUCGCCAUGCCUGCGGCACUGGUCGCCUUGCGUUAACAGCUUUGUAUGCCGUGUAAGGAUGCGAUGAGCAAGAGCAGAUAUCAGCAAUGCGCGAAAUGCGUAACAAAAAUAAAAUUCGUAAACAGAUGAUGCAUGCACCCAUGUUUUGGGGUCUGGUUUCACGAUAUGUGCGUGUCAAAAGGUGUUGUAGUCUUAGACUAUUGUAGUGCGGACGUCAACAGUUGUCAAUGCUGUAUGCAAAAAAAUUAACAUGCAAAAUAUUAAAAAAUAUAAUAGUAUUGUGGUUAAGUUAUUUGGGUACUGGUGCUGGCACUGGUAUCUUUCUCAGACAUUUACUCAACAUAAGGCAAUGUUUGUAUGCGAUUGUGAACUGGGUAAACUGGAAAAACACAUGUGUUGGUUAGAGAGCAGAAGACGUGUUUUCUGAACGUUUAUGGUGCCUUUCGUUGGAGUAAUUUAUCUCCUUGCAUGUUUUUUUCGGGGUUAACAUUCGAACUUGAAUGGUCUGCAAGGAUGCUACGUUUUGUAUAGGUUGUCGUCU